GAGGAACAGAACACGACAGAGGCAGUAAGCAAGAAUAAAAAGGAAAGAAACCAAACGAGCCAUCAUCUGGCAGUUACAACCCGCCAAGAAAACAAAAGUUGCUAACGUCCAUCAACUUCUUUGAUUUUCUCAGCCCAAUAUUAAUAUCCUAACUUACCUGAAAACGACUCUCUCUCUCUCUCUCUUCUUUGUCUACAGCUUUCAUUCCAUACCUAUCUAUGAAGGGAGCAGCUCAAUAUUAGCUUUCAAUCAAGUUACAAUUACAACAUUUUCCUUGUCAUCUCCGCCCUCUUGGUCUCAGCUCUUGUCUAUAUGUACCCUUUUGAGGUGGUGGUUUCUUUUUUUUCAUGCUAACCUCUGCCGGUAUUCAGUACUGCUUCAUUCCCUAAAACCUACCAGCUUUCUCAUGGGGUUGUUCAGAGCUAAGGGUGUGGUUUACAAGCCUGUUGAGAAUGUUAAUCUUGGCCCUGAUAGUGAUGAAUCCUAUAUAAAAGCCAAUGUUAAAGCUCCUCGCAUGGCUGGAUUUCUUGCCAAGAUUUUCGCCUGGUUUCUCGAGUCGCGAAUUUUCGGAGCAUUCCUUCUGUACAUCUUGAAGAGAAACAAUCUAAUUCACAAGCUUGUUACAAAUGCAGAGCUGGAGGAUUCACCUGUCUAUGUCCCUUUGCAUCCAUUUGAAGAGCUCAAUGAAAAAGAAGUCAAACACGUAAAUUCUGAUCUAUCACCAUCUGAACAAGUUCAGCAGGCAGUUGGUUGUCUGCCUCUACCUUCAGAGAAGAUUGUUAAUGGAUUGAAGCCAUCUUCCCGUCGCUGGACAGUAAUGGAUUAUUCUAAAGCAUAUAGCUCUGGAGAAAUAACUCCGUACAAGGUUGCAGAACGACUAGUAGCUGCAAUCCAUGAAUCUUCCAGUCCUCCAUUGGACAUGGCAUUCUUUAUUAAUUAUGAUGCUGAAGAUAUUUUAAGGCAGGCUAAAGAAUCAACUCUUCGGUAUCAAAGAGGGGAGCCAAGAUCGGUUCUAGAUGGAGUUCCAGUUGCAAUCAAGGAUGAAAUAGACUGUAGCCCUUAUCCAACAACAGGAGGCACUAAGUGGUUGCACAAAUUUAGACCUUGCAAAAGUGAUGCCUUCUGCAUUUUGCGCCUCAGAUCAUGUGGUGUGGUAAUUAUUGGAAAAACCAAUAUGCACGAGCUUGGCGCUGGAACAAGUGGAAUAAAUCCUCACUAUGGGGCUACUAGAAAUCCAUACGAUCCUAGCAGGAUAUCUGGAGGUUCUUCUAGUGGAUCAGCUGCAGUGGUUGCUGCAGGACUUUGCCCUGUUGCCCUUGGUGUUGAUGGGGGAGGAUCCGUGAGAAUGCCAGCAGCUCUUUGUGGUGUUGUUGGUUUCAAACCAACUUUCGGGCGUGUACCUCACUCUGGUGUUCUUCCUCUGAACUGGACAGUGGGGAUGGUAGGAGUGUUAGCAGGCACAAUAGAGGAUGCAUUAAUCGUUUAUGCAGCUAUAAAUGGCCCAGUUCCAUCCCAUGAAACCUCUGUUAUACCACCGACAAAGAUGUAUUUCCCAAUGCUACAAUCAACAAAUUCAGUGUCAGACAUCACAUUGGCAAGAUACGGGGAGUGGUUUAAUGAUUGCAGUGAUGAUAUUAGAACAUGCUGUUCCCUAGCAUUGCACAAGCUUUCUGAGAAGCAUGGUUGGAAGACUGUAGAUGUUACCAUACCAGACAUAGAGGCGAUGCGCCUCGCACAUUAUUUAACAAUUGGAUCUGAGUGCACCGCUGCUCUUAGUUCUUAUCUAGAAAAGUUGGAUAUUGCAGAGUCAGGAUGGGAUGUAAGGGUAGCACUUAGUGUUUAUGGUGCUUUCAGUGGUGAAGAUUAUAUAAAGGCUCAGAAACUUAGGAACCGCCAGAUACAAUUUCACAGGAAUAUAUUUACAAAAGCAGAUGUAAUUGUUACACCAACAGUAGGCGUAACUGCAUACCCUAUUUUGAAUGAUGCUCUCCAUACUGGUGAGCUGGACUACAUAAAUGGAGCUGCGCUAGUUCGGUAUCAGAUAGCAGGAAAUUUUCUGGGAUUACCUGCAGUUACUGUUCCGGUUGGAUAUGACAAAAAAGGGUUGCCUAUAGGCCUUCAAUUUAUUGGAAGGCCAUGGUCUGAGCCAACAUUAAUCCACAUAGCACAUGCUAUGCAGACUCUGUGCAUCUCAGAGUACAGAAAACCACAGGCUUUCUAUGAUUUGCUCAAGAAGGAUUAACUGAAACAGGAAGCUUCAAAAGAUUGAAGACGGUCUUUCAAUUGUCAAAGUAUUUCUACUCCCAGUUGUUUCCUCUUGCUCUUUAUGAAAAUGUGGAAACGUUUUGCAUGGAGUGCCUGGUUAUCCUUAGCUUUUAGCACUACUAUGUAAAAGAAUUUCCACAAUCAACAUGUAUUUUAUAUUUGAUAAAAAAAAAAAAAGGUUACUUACAUAUUGGUUA